AUGCAAAUCUCUGCGCUGGCAAACACACUGCCCCACGCUGAGAGCAUAAAGAGCAGUUCUACACCCUUUUUUCACUACAUAGAAUUAUCAUUAAAAGACCUGGGAAAUGACGAGUUCGUCAGUCUAGUUGAAUGUUCAGUGUGUCUUCGUGUCUGUUCUAUUGUAGUUUAUUUUAAAUUUGACGCAUGCAGUAGUGGAUUCUAUCGCUCAGCUGUAACACCCUUCCGGUGCCUGGCUGCCAUGCUACCCGAAGGAAGCACGAGGUCUGGAAUACUGCCAGGUUGCCCAAGCCUAGACAGGGGGGUCGGGAGGCAGAGGUCGGGUUCGAACCACGGACCUUCCCGUCAGUAA